AAAAGAUUGUUUUCAUUUCCCGUCUGAAACCAAAAUAUCGAAGAUAAUAUAGGAAAAAAAACCAAUAGAAAACGUUGAGAAAACUGUCUCUAUCAGUUUUAUUAUCUACAAUACAAGAAGGCCGACCCUACAAUAACACUAUCUGACGUUAUAAUGCUAUAUAUUCAACCCCAUAGAGGAAAGCUUUUAAUUUAUAACUUGAAACAGAAGGAAAGCAAGGGAAAUAUCAAGAAGAAGAAGAAGAAGAAGAGGGCGUAAGGCAAUCUUCUUUUUCUUCUUCUCUGAUUGAAAAAUGGGUUCUCAUGUCUCUAAACAGAUGGAAAGGCGUAAGGCAAUCUCGACUGAAAAGAAAAAGCUCUGCGACCUUCAUGAAAGUUGUGGGGAAACGUUUCCUGGUUGUGAUUACCAUCCUGCUGAUAGGAAGAAUUGGAUGGCUGACCUUGGUCCGGAGAAAGUUUACAUAAACAAAAUUGUAUGGCCUGGAACUCAUGAUUCUGCUACCAACAAGAUUGGAAUACCAUGUAUCUCUCGCCCUUUUGCGCAAUGUCAGUAUUUGUCCAUUUACCAACAGCUUGUACAAGGCACCAGAGUUUUGGAUAUUCGAGUUAAUGAAAAUCGUCGUGUCUGCCAUGGAAUCCUGUCGACUUACAGUGUUGAUGUUGUCAUCAACGAUGUCAAGAAAUUCUUGUCGGAGACAGAAUCAGAGAUAAUAAUUCUUGAGGUCCGCACUGAAUUUGGGCACCAGGAUCCUCCUGAAUUUGAGAAGUACUUGGAGGAAGCACUUGGGGAGUUCCUGAUCCACCAGGAUGAUCACGUCUUUGGCAAAACAAUUGCCGCAUUGUUGCCAAAGAGAAUUGUCUGUUUCUGGAAACCUAGGAAGUCUCCCCAGCCAAAGGCAGGAUCUCCAUUCUGGAGUGCUAAUUAUCUGAGGGACAAUUGGAUAGACACAGAUUUACCAUCAACAAAGUUUGAUAGCAAUUUGAAGCAUUUGGGUGAGCAACAACCAGUUUCAUCAAGGAAAUUCUUCUACAGGGUGGAGAACACAGUAACAGCACAGGCAGAUAACCCUGUGGUAUGUGUUAAACCAGUGACAGGGCGGAUUCAUGGAUAUGCUAGACUGUUCAUUACUCAGUGCUUUGCCAAGGGUUGUGCUGAUAGGUUGCAGAUUUUCUCUACAGACUUUAUUGAUAAGGAUUUCGUUGAUGCUUGUAUUGGCCUUACACACGCCAGGAUUGAAGGGAAGUGUUGAUGAAAUUGUAAAGCUUCCUUCUCUUAUCAUUGGUAGAACAAUCUGUGAUAUUUUCUCUUGUAACUAGUUUCUUCAUCCUUUGAAUUGGCUGUUCAGUUAUUUGUUUGUAAUGUAGUAUGUGAUGUGUAUGGCAUUGAGUAUAUUUAUCGUGCACUGAUGACCAAUUUAUCUGCAGAAUGUUAUACAAUAUUCAAAACUUUCUUAGAACGAGAAGGUCAUACAAUAUUAUUCAAUUUUUUCACUGUUUUAUCCUAUUCAAAAUUCCAUGGAAGGCAACAUCAUGAAGAUUAUAUAUUAAGACCCGAUCAUUUGGCUCAACAAUAAGUACAUGUACAUUUUUCAAAAGAAGAACAAGAUAGCUGAAGCUGAUUUGGAUACUGUCCUAUACAGGAGCUUCAAAUUUAUCGAAUCUAAAUGCUGCAUUGCUGAAUAAGGUAAGUAGGAGCCUAGAAGGAGAAUAAUCCUGCAAAAGAAAGAUUGCACUGCUAGUGAAUUCUCGAUGACAUGAAAUAUAUAUGAUAGAGAUGGGAAUAUGAGUGUUAUAGGACAAUCAAUUCCAAAUUCUCAUGACUAGCCAUCUUAAGCCCACAUCAUAUUGUCAAUAGUAAUGAAAUUUGAUGACAACGAGUAAGCUUAGAGUUUAGAUGGUAAAUUUGAGUGCUAGCCAAAAAGUCAUCUGUAAGGAGUGAUCUCAAGAACGCAUGUUCCAACAAAAUUAGGAUCUCAGUAACUGAAAACCUGAGAGUGAUCCUUUAACAAGAAGUGUGCCUGGGAUUUGCUGAAAAACCUGUAAAACAAAUAUUGCAAUCAUGUAUAUUCAAGACAAGCAAGGAGGUAACCAUACUGAAACACGAAAGCACAGGUUUGAGGAUGCCUCUUGCGAAUUGCAGCAACUUCAUCAAGAUAUUUUACUUCAUUGUUCAGGAGAGAACUGCAUUGAUCACCACUGAGUUUAAAUUGUGG